AGCUUUCGAGUAUUGAUUAUUUCUAAGAAAUAUCGAUCGGUCGCGUGAAUCUCCUUUUUGUUUUUCAGACGAUCGUUGAAGAUUGAUUUUUGAAUUAUUUUUUGAGAAGAAAAACAAAAGUUUGCGAGUAACAUCCUACUUUAAAUUUGGCUCCAGCCUCGGAAUAUCGACUAUUUCUACUGAAUAUCGAUUAUUCAUGAGUAUUCCCUUGUAUCUUGUGCUUUAUAUAUCAGAGGACAUUUUGAAAUUAUCUUUAAGAAGGAGAACAGGAGACUACGAGUAUUAUCCUGCUUCGAAAUUAAUUUAAACUUUGGGAUAUUGAUUGUUUCUACUAAAUGUUCAUUGACUACGUGUAUUUUUUUACUUGGUAAUGGAACGAUCAUAGGAAACAUCUUUGAACUAUUUCCUAAAGAAGGAACGUCAGAGUAUAAAACUAAUAACUCGCUUGAAGUUUGAUUCAAGCCUUUGGAAUGGCUUAGAUCGAAUUAUUCGUUGAAACGUCCUGAACUUAUCGGUAAAGCUCCUUCGCGUUCUGAAGUUCGACGAAACAUUUCGUCGAUCUGAGACAGAAAAGAGAUACUGGUUUAUUCGAUUAAAGAUAAGUAAUUGUCGUUUUUCAGCAAUGGAUUGCAGCGAGGAAGAGGUAUAAUCUUACUUUUACGUGUUCAAUUUUCACUUACUCGACGUUGCUUCUUUUAGUUGACGAAAAUCAAUGUCUUCCGAUUAAACAUUCUCAUUCCACUGAUGGAGAUCUUGGACGUGUACGCGUCGUUUAAAGAAGAAUUAAGUCCAGAUGAGUUUUGCAUUCGUUUGUUUGUUAACGAAGGCUCGAGAGAAAAAUGCAAACCACAUCACGAUCCUGUUAUGGAACGUUUCAGGAAUAUCGAAGAAUUUAAGGCUUUGUCAGUUUCGUUGCAAAAUGUAAUCAUCGAUUUAUUCAUGAAUAUCGUUCGUUACACGGUUUUCUUGGACUCAAUAAGUAAAGAUUAUCUGGAUAAACAGAACUGUCGCAAUUACAACGAUUUGUCUCAGACCAUAGUGUUUGUGUACAUCUUAUCAUACAGAAUAUGCAGCUUGUUUUUCGAAGAUUCGAUCGAUUGCUUCGUUCGCUUUAAAGUAAAGAAAAUGUUGUCGCUCGUUGUAUAUCUUCUUCGCACGGAAACUCUCAAUCUUUUCCAUGAGAAGGGUUGCUUGACGUACGAGGAAGAUUUCGUGGAGGGAAACCUGGUUCUGCCAUUUUUAGAGGCAACGCCGUGUUUAGAGAAACUACAGCAGCAGUUAAAGCAGCACAUACGAAAUACGAAGAUUCCUAAAAAGGAAUCGACUAUUCCUGUCUUUAUGAACGUUUUAAAUCGACCAAGAACCGGUUUGAAAGUGCCACCCGGUACACCUGAAGACCUGUCGGCGAUGAAGUUCACGCGUCAAAUUCCAAAGACGAAUUACCUUAAACCGUCAACGGAGAGAAAAUUGGAGCUUUUGAGCGCAACUAACAGGAUAAAUGCUAUGAGAUUAUUGAAGGACGCGAACGAGAAUGCACCAAGUUGCUUCUAUCGGCGUAAAGAUUCAGACAACUCGGUAGAGAAAGAGAAACCAAAGGCAACUUUCGUGGGAAAAUCGGUUCCGAAAUUUAAGCCAGUCGAGGUAAAACAGACAGCAGCUUCGACGUUAAGAGAGUGCGCGCGUGUGAUCAACAUGGAAGAGAAAGAAAUAAAAAGAUUGAAAGCAUUAGCCGAAGGAGGUACCGAUCCAGCUUCGAUACUGAAAUUCCAAGAAGAAAGACGUCAGCAACAAAAAGAGGAAGAAUUAUUAAAGAUACAAGAGAAACAUCUAUUGGCUUUGCUAAGCCGUGAGAAUGCUUUCAUUGCGAAACAAUCGCUGUUGAACGAUGUGAAAGCGCACGCAGAGAGCGUUCGAAAGGAGAAGCAAGAACUUUACGACAAGUUAGAGAAAUGGAGAGAGAAUCACAACAGGGAGAUGAUGGAAAUCGUUGUAAAGUGCCGCGAAGUCGAACGGGCCUCUCGUGAAGCUUUUAAUGCCAUGGUCGACGAGAAAAGGCAGAAAGCCGCAGAGGUGACCGAAGAAUCGCGGCAAUUGAAAGCCCAGUUGGUCAAGCAGAGAGAGGAAGAAACUGGCAGGAAGAUUAAAUUGAUCCAAGAAAUUAAGACGCUUCAAUCUUUACGGGCAUUGCCAUCGAUCAAGGAUUUCGAUCCAACAGAAUCAAGCGGUCUUGGUCUUCUUUGUGAAAUGUCCUUGGCUGAGUUGAAAGAGAGAUUAUUUUGGACCAAGAUGAAAUUGGACGAGGAAACAAAGGAGAGAAAAUCUGUUAUUUAUCGAGAACGCGAAAGGCAGAAAAACUUGAUCAACGAAACGAGAAAAGCGCUCGAAGAAUAUAAAGCGAGCAAGUUAGUUGUAAAACUAUUACAUAUCGCUAAUUAUUUGCGGCGUGCUGUUUUUCUGGCUAAAUCACGGCAACGAUUACAGCCUGUUAGCUCACCAGAGAUCGACGCGUUGCGAAAAAGACUGGAAGAACAGAAAGCACUAAGGUCACAGAAAGGAACGGUAUCUAUUUCGAAAUAAACGAAUUAAAGAAUUUAUUCGUUCAGAUAGAACGUUUCAAUUACGAUAAAUUAUUUAGAUUUAUUAUCUAUUUAUCUAUUAAUUCCGUGAUCACUGUGUGAUAGUAUGAUAAAGCAGAAAUCUUUUUUAAAAUUAAUAGCGUAUUAAUAACGAAUAUUACGAAGCAAAUGUUUAAUGAUAAAGCCUGUUUGCGAAUUUAUAAUUAAAAAUUCACAAGUCAUUUUUUAGAGAUAAUUUUUGAAAAUAAAUCAAGAUAAGAUAAAUAAAUAAAAGUGAUAUGAAUUUAAAUACUAAUAUUUAAGUGUGACUCCUGCUGAUAGAGAUUAAAAUGGAAAAUUACCCAAAUAUUAUGCAACAACUGCAGAGUAAUAUUUAGAAGGCAACAAUUGCGUAGCAUAAACGUCGGCAGAAACGUUUAUGCUAUCCAUUUAUAUAUAUAUAUCACUUUUUAAAAAUUUCACAAUAUGAAUAUUAAGGAAGACUUAAUUGAUUUAUUCCACUAUCUUGGUAAAAUUGCAGACGCGUUUUUCUUUCUAUCUUUCGCUGCAAAUUCUACGAUGUAAUAUAAGAACGCGGAUUAAAUCGUUUGAAUAGAUAGAUUUACAAUUAUCUUUUAUGUAGUAUAGUAUAUUUAGUAUUCCACAAAUGAUACGAAAUUUCAUACUUUUCAGUAAGACGAUACCUCUAAUAAUAUGACACGAACUGAAAAACGAACAAUUGUUAUAAGAUAGAAACUCAUCGUGUUUAUUAUCUUGCACAACUCAGCUUGAAAUAAACCAAUAUUACGAUGUUUUGUUACGAUACGAUAAUCAACGUUACAAAUCAGCCGAUUCCCUAUUUCCGUUAAGAUAAUAGAGGCGAUUGAAAUUAUUAUAACACUGAGUUAACAGAUUAAAAAUACGCUUUAUUUACAACGACUUGAAAAACUUAAGUGUUUACACGUGGUGCGUGUAGACGUGUUCUCGACGAAGAGAAAUUAAGAUGUCAACUGAUCGAAGAUAGACUAGUAAGUGAGUUUCGGUAACAGUGAUGAUAAAGAAGAAAACUACUGAUGGGUGUGUCUAGACGGGACUAUCGGAUUCCUUGAUAACAAUCUUGAUUAGGAAAGAAAGGGCAACAGUCGUCGUUGCUAAUCUGACGAGAAAGAGAUUGGCGAGUAAGGAUGGGUCCUGGUCGUCCCCAAUCAAAGUCGCUCGUGGAUGGCAUUGUACAUUGGAAAAACUCCUUCUCUCGUAUUUCCUUGGAAUGAAUAACAAUCCUAAGAAACGCUUCAACUUAAAACAUACUUUUUAUCUUAUGCAUAAACGAUUAAUUUAUAAUAUGCUUGAUGCAAAGUAUUCUUUCAACAAUAUCAAUCGUAUGUAAGUCGUUCUGUUAGAAAA